UUCCCAACGGCGGGGAUAUAUAGUUGUCCUCGGGGCUAGUCGUUGCGCGCUGGUGACUUUAUUUUUGGACGAUUUCCCUCUUCUCUUCUCUCUUCACCUAGUCCCCUCCUCCCUCCCCCACCCGUUCUACCUAAAUUUUGACGCGGCCGACACCGACAGCUCAAGAUGGGGACCUCAAUUGACGAGAAGGCCGGUAGCGUUGAUAAUAUUGAAGAUCUCAAUCAACGUGCGCAGAAUGAAGUCAACUAUGACGAAGAAUAUACCACCGCGGAACAGCGCAAGAUCAUUCAUCGCGUCGAUCGGCGUCUGGUCACGAUGACGGGGCUAGCAUACUGCGUGUCGCUGAUGGACAGGACAAACCUCAGUAUGGCGCUAGUCGCGGGCAUGAAGGAAGAUCUGAAACUUGACGUCGACCCACGUUAUUCUAUCAUUGUCCUGAUGUUCUUUGUUCCCUAUGUUAUCUUCCAGCCGCCAAUGACGGUCAUCACGCGGAAACUCGGCCCUACCAUAUUCUUGGGAACCAUUGUCAUCUCGUGGGGUGCGAUCCUCGUUGGUAUGGGUUUCACGAAGGACUGGGGAGCGAUGACAGGAUGUCGUGUACUGCUCGGCGUGCUUGAAGCAGGAUACUUCCCCGGUUGCGUCUAUCUGCUCUCGAGUUGGUAUUCCCGGUAUGACGUGCAAAAACGCUUCUCUAUAUUCUACCUCAUAGGCUGUGUGGCGUCUGCGCUCGCGGGUAUUCUGGCCUUCGGAUUGUCGAAAAUGCACGGAACUGAGGGCAUUCAAGGCUGGAGGUGGAUCUUCAUCAUUGAGGGCGUGAUCACGGGCGUGAUAGGCAUCCUCACCCUCAUCUUCCUGGUUGACUUCCCCGACCGCGCACAUAAAUCGUGGAAGUUCCUCUCCGAGAAGGAGUGCGCCUUUAUCGUGCGACGCAUUAACCGCGACCGUUCAGACGGUGACAACGAGCCCUUUAACUUGAAGAAGUUCCUGCUUCCUGCCCUUGACCUGAAGAUCUGGGGAUUCGCGAUGAUCUUCCUGUGCACGACAACGGGCACCUAUGCCAUCGCAUACUUCCUGCCCGUAAUUCUAGGCGGAAUGGGAUACGACCCCGGACAAUCCCAGUGCCUCGUCGCGCCCCCCUUCGGAUUAGCAGGCAUAGUGAUGUUUUCGACCGCCUGGGUCGGGGACAAGUAUCGCGUGCGAGGCCUCGUCAUCAUCUUCAACUCCGUGCUGUGCAUCAUCGGCCUCGCGAUCAUGGGAUUCGCCCAAAACAAUCCCGCCCGAUACUUUGGCACUUUCCUCGCCGUAGCGGGGUGCAAUGCCAAUAUCCCCUCUUGCAUGGCCUACCAAGCCAACAACGUCCGCGGCCAGUGGACUCGCGCGUUUUCCAGCGCCACCCUGGUUGGAUUCGGUGGUAUCGGCGGUAUUAUCAGUAGUGUGGCGUUUCGCGAGAAGGAUGCGCCGGGAUACCGGCCGGGUAUCUGGACUACUAUUGCAUGCAAUCUUUUGAUCCUGGUCAUCGUGGCCGCGCUGAGUCUGUGGUUCCGGCGUUGCAACAGGCAGGCGGACGAGGGGAAGCGCGUGAUCGAAGGGUCUCCGGACUUCCGAUAUACGAUUUAGGACUUUUUUUCUUUCUCUAUCUCAGUUUUUGUCGUUUAGCAUAUAGGGGGUCUGUCGACAUGGUUAUGUGUACG